CAUUCUACCAUGCUCAAGAGUUCAUUUAUAUUUUUUAUACACGACGACCCGUUCGCCCUUAACUGGGUAACUCCCCAGAUUGAAUCCUAAAUCUCUUUACUCUGUUCAGCAAUUGCAUUAUCCCCUCCUUCGUAUUCAUGACGACUAUAAUCCGAAGCCGACUUGGAUUGACUGCAAGUUUUGUGACUUUAGCCGCUCUAGGUGGUGUUUUUGCAUACCUUGGGAAACAACGGUUUGACCACUCAUGCCCGAGAAUCUCCAUCACAGAAGUUCCAAAAUCAAGCGCUUGUCGCAAACUUGUGGAGCAAACAGGUGAACAAAUUACUAGCCACACAACAUCAUGGGGAAUACAGCAUUCAACCCUAUUGAAACCAUGGCCACCAGGUAACGAUGAAGAUAAAACUCGGUGGAUUCCUUCAUUUGCAGCGCUUCGAGCCGAAAUUCCAGUGUCACUUCUUGCAGAGUACGGAAGAUGCCGCCAUGAAUGUGAGAAUAAGAAACAUGACGCGGAGUAUCUGAUGCGUAAUCUUGUUGCAGCAUUUCUCGAUGCGCGGGCUGCGGGACUGGAAGCGCGGCUUAUGGAUCGAGGUGUACCGCCAUUGUCUUUUGCACCCGCUUCUCUUUUGUUUGGGGAUAAAUCAGGUCCCGGAGCUUUCAUGCUCGGAACUUGGAGCACAACAUUGGGAAAAUCUCUCGAACUGCCAGAUCUUCCUUCGGGAGCUCCUGAACCUAGCUCCGAAUUUCCUUCAAACAAAGACGUCGUCGAAGCUAGCUCCAUAGACACAGCUGGUGCAGUGAUAUACUGGAGAUUUCCAGAUAGCCUAUUCAACGCCGUCGACAGAGCCGCGUCAUUUGGCAUGCCGUGGCGGUUGAUGGAAGGCGGCUUUCAAGAGUUCAUCGUGGAAAAGAUCUCGGAUGAGAUGGCAGUUGUGACAUAUGUCAUGGUGGAAUGCUCGAAUCUUUACCCUAGAGGACAGUCUGUCAAGGAUUUCAAGAUGAUGCCGAAACUGUUCUAUGAGGCUCAUGUAUUGUAUGCGCAGAGCCUGUUGUAUAAUACUGUAAAACAACUCCACAAAUCUCCUGUACAGAUAAAAUAGAUAGAAUUAAAUUAAUACUCUUACGAUAGGA